GAAACAUCUACGUCACAUUUCACUGGCAGUUUCUGAUUCGUUUCUCCCACGUUGUCACAAGCACAGACGCGCGGUGAACCGUCACAUCCCUUUACCGACCGGGGCGGGCUCUCGGUUACCGAACCCUGUCGAACCGGGGCUGUUUGGUGUUGUUUUGAUCCGGGAUGGCGUUCAUGGAGCAGCAGCCGCAGCCGUUGUCCGGCAGGAAGCCGCCGUUGGACGACACCGUGCCGCUGAUCGCCGUGAUCGAGGCCAGCCAGAGUUUACAGUCACAUACGGAGUACAUCAUUCGUGUACAGAGGGGAGUUUCUACAGACAACAGCUGGACUGUCAUCCGGCGAUACAGCGAUUUUGACAUGCUGAAUAAUAGUUUACUGAUCUCCGGCCUCAACCUGCCACUUCCUCCUAAGAAGCUGUUAGGAAACAUGGACCGAGAGUUUAUAGCCGAGCGGCAGAAGGGUCUUCAGGCCUAUCUAAACUACAUCACACGUCACCACAUCCUCUCCAGCUGUGAGCUGGUUAAAAAGUUUCUCGACACUAACAAUUACUCCGCAAACUACACAGAAAUAGCCUUACAGCAGGUGUCCAUGUUCUUCAGAUCCGAUCCAAAAUGGGAAGUUAUUGAGCCAUUAAAAGACAUUGGCUGGAGAUUGCGAAAGAGGUACUUCUUAGUCAAAGACAAAGAUCAGCCCAAAGACAAACAAGUGUUAAGCUGGGUGGAUUUGGGUCCAGAUAAGUUCCUGUCCGACAAAGAUCUCCAGUCUGCAAUGAAGCUGCUUCCAACUUUGUCUCAUUCAAACAUCUCACCCGUCAGUUUCGCUACAACCAGUGAAUCGUCGGCUCUAGUCAUUCGAGUUUUCAGCGAGAAGGGAACACUUAGGGAUCACAUCUGCAAGGUGAAGCCCAAAGAGCCCUUUCUGAAGAAGUACUGCAAUCCCAAAAAGAUCCAGGGUUUGGAGCAGCAGCAGAUCCGAAACUAUGGAAGACAGAUUCUGGAGGCACUAAAAUUUCUCCAUGACAAGGGUUUUCCAUAUGGGCAUCUCCACGCGUCUAACGUCCUGGUUGAGGAGAACACGUGUAAAUUGUUGGAUAUAGAGAAUUCGUUACUGGGACUGCCGUCAUAUUACAGACCCUAUGUAACACAGUUCAGGAAAAUUAACACGACAGAAAGCAUAGACGUCUACUCGUUUGGACAUUUGCUUUAUGAAAUGACGUACGGACGCCCGCCUGACGCUGUGCCUGUGGAUCAGUAUCCUCCACCUCCGUUCUCAUCCGUAGUCUCUGUACUUCAGUCCAUCCUGUCCACGGAAGCUUGCAAAACGGGAAUGCCAACCGUUUCUCAACUCCUGCAAACACCGUUAUUCAGUGACGUGUCGCUGUAUAACUCGGAGAAACCCCAGUUUAAGAUCAGCUCCAAAUUAAAGGAGGCUCUGAAAUCGUCCAAGGAAUGCUUGGAGAAGCGCUUAGUGGAGGAACAGAGGACGAUCCACCAGCACAAGAGGCUGACGCGAGCGCAGUCGCACCACGGCUCGGAGGAAGAGAAGCGGAAAAGGAAGAUUUUGGCCAGAAAGAAAUCGAGACAGUCGACGUAUGAAAACGAGGAGGAGCUUUCUGUCAAAUACAAUAACAACUCUGCAGGUUCUGGGGCGAGUUCACCUCCAACCUGCCCGUCCUCACCCACACCUCUGCCUGGAUCAGGAGCACCUCCAGCGCCUCCCGUUCCUCCCCCCGCUGCUCCUCCACCUCCUCCUCCUCCACCUCCUCCCGGGAACGAACCCGCCCCUCCGCCCCUCUCGCCUCCCGGUGCCAACGGCGCGGGCAGGAGCGCCCUCCUCAGCUCCAUCCAGUCCUUCAACAAAGGCAAACUUAAAAAAUCAGAGACUGUUGACCGCAGCGGCCCACGUUUGUGAAAAACAAAAAUGACGUUCGUCCUUGUUUUAGUGCAAUUCGUCCACUCGAAGUCUUUUAGCAAGUGAAAAGUGACUGUUUGUACCUGAACCUGUUUGUUUUGUUUUAUUCACAGCCCUGCGUUUUUUGUUUUGUUUCGUUUUAAGCUGCUCGACGUAAACUGAACAGUUCUGUUUGUACCAGCUGUCCUAUUUAAAAAAAGGAUUCACGCAUUUGUUCGAACAAAAAAAGUUGGUGGAGAAUGCGGGCACCACAUUUAGUAUGAAUGAUAACGUAACUGGAUUUUAUUGACGGUUCAUAAAAACGAGUGAUUUUUGACUGACGUUUUAAUUCAACGUCGGUUAUGGUUUAUUUCGAAGGGUUUGGGAUGAAGCUUUUUAAGCGUUUGCCACAUUUACCAUUGUGCCUACAAAAGCUGAGAGCGUUCUUUGUUCUCGUUUUUUUCCUGCGGAAAUUUCGAACUACGUCGUUCGCGUUUUCUUUCAGAACAAAGUAAUAUUUGCAUUCCUGUUCUGCAAGAUCACAAUCAAUACGUUGCACAAACAGCGACAUUUAUGCGAUGCGUUUAUCAUUUACGCCCCUUUCCGUGAUUGUAUCGUGGCCAUUGUGAUGUCACUUACGCCGUCUAAUCCUAUUGGCUGUUGCAGCCUGGUAGAGAAUUAAAGGCCAAUCAGAGACGAGCAAGUGGAGGUAAAUGGAAGUGAUUUCUUGUUUUGCACACAUAUGAACUUCUGUAAUUCAUAUUCAUCGCAGGGUCCCGUUUGUAAUCUAGACCGAUGUACAGCAAUGCACAAUAGUUCAUCUUUUGCUCCUGUAACUCAUUUGUAUAUAGAUUCAUACAGACACUGAAAACAUUACAGCUAAAUACCGUAAUAGAUAUUCCCGAAUUUAUCGUGGGAGAUAAGUUGAAAAAUGUUUUUGGUUUCGCUACAGCACUUUACCACUGAAUAUUGAGCAGUGGUCUGGAGAAGAAGAAAUCUUCUAAAGUUUACACAGAGAUUUAUGUAUGUCCGAGGAUGGGAGAGGAAUCGAUGUGUUUGAUAAUGAAGAAAAUGCCACUUAUUUUCGCCUCUGUACAGUUGCCACAAACGUUGUUAAAAGCACUGGAGGUGAACGUCCUCAAAAUGCUACGAGAUUGUUUUCCCUGUUCUGAAAAAAAACUUGUAUUGGCAAUAUUUUAAAAGACUGGUAUUGUGCUUUUAGUUGUGAACAUUGAAGUAAAGACAUGGAACAGA